AUGUCGACUACCGUGGACGACACCCAAUCUUUGGCCGAAAGCCUGCCGGAUGCUGCGACCAGGCAGUCCUACCGGUCGUUCAAGAAGAAGUUUGCCAAGCUGAAGGUCCAAUUCGAGCUUCAGAUGCGAGAGAGCGAGUCGCUCGUUCGCGAAGGAUUGCGCAUCGAGGAUAUCUCGAAGAGAAUCCAGGAACAGAACGAUCAGCUCUUGGAAGUCCUUCUCGAGUUCAACGGCAGCCUCCAUGUAUCUCCCAGUCUACGCUAUGACCUGAGCGCGCCGGAAGACGGUUCAUUCCACUCGCCCCCCGAAAGAGAUAUUCCAAACUCGUACAAUGACCCGGACGUCGCAAGUUCAAUACUCAAGGACGCCAAGGCCCGAGUGGCUGCUGGCAGAAUGUCAGGCGAUGCUUACCGCGAUGUCGAGCAUGAGGUCAAGCGCAGCAAGGCUUUCGCGCCGCAAAUGUCCUACAGCUCUCUGGCGGACUUUCCCCAUUCUGCGCCUUUACAGCUGGAGAACCCGGACGAUUACAAUCCUUCCCAGGAACUUGGCUUCCUUACCGCAGAGCACGAGGCUGAGCACUACCUCGCCCUGGAUGCAAAGUUGGGCGACAUCGAGGCCAUUGAGCAACUUGUCUGCAUUCCCAAGAAGCCAUCGCUAGCCGACCGCGAGAGAGAAGCUGCGCUACGAAGCCACGUCUCGGUGCAUAACUGGCUACGUCAGAAUCAACCCCAAAUCUUCUUGCAGGAUAAUGAAAAUGCCUCGGAGAAAUCAGGCAUGCGACCCUCGAACCUGCGCACGUCCAAGAGGGCCCCCGCACAGUCCCGCAAAGAUGAGGACCUGUACGAAGAGGACAGUAUCUUGGCGGACACUGCAUCCACUUCCGGCGGUACGAAGGGCAAACGCAAGCGCGACGAAGAUGCCGGUUAUCGACCCAAGGGGGGUAGCAGUCGUUCCAGCCGGAAGAAGAAAGACGAAGAAACCGCAACCCCCAAGCGCCCUUCGAAGAGAUCCUCCGGCAUGGUUCACAUGGCCAUCACGAUUCUCCCUCCGGUGGUGGAGGAUGUCGACAUUCCGUACCCCGACUCCGACGAUGAUUUGAUGUCCGUGGAUUCGGACGGAGGAGUCGAUCUGGCAGCUGGAGACUCCUCGAGGCCGACGAAGCGGCCUCGCUUGGUGGCAGGAACAAAUAUCGGCGCGGGCGUUCUCACCCCCGGAGAAGUGGUGACGGAUGAUCCGCAAUGGAUGAGAGGCCAUGGCACGUACACCAACCCCCUCUCGACCUCCAUCAUCGCCACCGUCGCCGGUACGGUCCAAAAGACCAACAAGUUGCUCUCCGUCCAGCCCCUGCGGGCCCGCUACACCCCCGAGAUCGGUGACCUGGUCGUCGGACGCAUUGUCGAAGUGCAGUCCCGACGGUGGAAAGUCGAUGUCGCCGCCCCCCUUCUCGCCCAGCUUCCCCUUUCCGCCAUCAACCUUCCCGGUGGUAUCCUGCGUCGACGCACCAGUGCCGAUGAACUACAGAUCCGAACCUUCUUCAGCGAGGGCGACCUGGUUGUCGCCGAAGUCCAGACCGUACAUUCCGAUGGAGGCGCCUCGCUACAUACCCGGUCGUUGAAGUACGGAAAGUUGCGGAACGGUAUUUUCCUGGCCGUGACCGGCACAGGGGGCAGCGGAGCGUCCAGCUCGUCGGUCAAGGGCGCCGUUGGGGCGGGGUCUACGGCGGCGGGCGCGGCGGGCGUUGGAGGAGUGGCGCGGUCGCGGCGACAGAUCUGGACGGUCACCACCGCGAACGGAGGCGGCGAGGUGGACGUGGUCCUCGGGGUGAACGGCUACAUUUGGAUCUCCAAGCACACGGACGGCACGGGGGCGGCAUCGUCGACGACGGAGAAUGUGUCCAUCACGCGCAUGGAGGAGAUGGUGUCGAGCUCCGUCUACUCGAGUCAAAACGACGAAAUCCCCCCGCAGACCCGCCGCGAGAUUGCCCGGUUGGCCCAGUGCAUCCGGGUGCUGGUCAACGGCGGGGUGCGGGUGGACGAGGAGACGGUGAUGGGGGCCUACGAAGCCAGCUUACAGGUGGAUCUGGAAGUUGGGGAUGAGGAUGACGAGGAGGAAGGGGGUCGGGAGGGCAGGGAAUAUCUGGAGGGCAGCAAAGGGCGCCGGAUAUUGGACUUGGUUCUGCAGCAGAAGUAG